AUGAGGGCCUCAAUCCGAGUCCCAGCUGCUACUCUAGCCUCGCUGCCCACUAAUACACUCACAAACAAUCGAGAGACAGAAGAUAAUUAGAAGAAAAAUUUAAUUUGGAGAAAAUGCGCGCCCUUGUGACGAUAACGAUAGCGGCGACCGUGCUGACGACGGUCCUCUGCCAACAGUACCAAAAUCCAUCGGCCGAAAAUUAUGCUCAAGACGAGUACGGUCAAUACGACCAACAGGCGCGACCGGCGCAUCCGACGCCUCGAAGUUACGAGACCGGAAGUCCAGCGUCGGAACGCCAACAAGCGGCAGCGGCGCCAAAGCCAACGCCGGUCGCCAUAUUGAAGCAGAUCAACCGUCACAACGAGGACGGUUCUUACACGUACGGUUUCGAGGGCGGUGACGGUUCUUUCAAGAUUGAGACGAAAUUGGCGAACGGAGAGGUCAAGGGAAAGUACGGAUUCGUUGACGAUACUGGAAAAGUGAGGGUGGUCGAAUACGGAGCGAAUCAAUACGGUUUCCAACCGGCCGGUGAAGGAAUUACGGUCGCGCCACCUACGCUCGUUGACGAAACGACGAACAAAGAUGGUAUUCAGAAUGCGAAUUAUCAGGACUACGAUUUUCAGCCGCAGCAGCAGCAGCAGCAGCAACAACCAGCUCCGCAAAGAGCCGUGGCUCGCCCAGUGGCGCCUCCACCCGCGGCACCUCAAUACGCUCAGUACGAACAGUCCGCACCGCAAUCUCACACUCAAGCGAUUUACAACCCUCAAGCGGCUGCACGUGGUCGCGCUGCAGCUCCACCGAAACCCGCGGUUUUCUCUCCCGCCCCUGGGCAAUCUCAACUUUUAAGAGCUUACGACGAACCCGCUCCGGCUUCCCAAGCUUACAAUCAAGGACCUGUCCAGUUUAGCCCCGCACCUGUCCAGGAACGUUCGCAACCCCAGCCUCGCAGUCAACCCAACGGUGGAAUCCUCGAUCAGCUUGCCCGAGAUUACGCUCUUCCCCAGGGUGGCUCGGCGCCUCUUCACGACAUCAGCUUCGGUUAUUACUAAGAAUUUAUCUCGUAACUCACCUUUCAUGCGUCCCUAUCGAAAUCACUUUUGGCUCGUACAAACGACCGGGGAACAAGCCCUUUUAUCCUGGAUGCAAAGAAGAAUGGACUUUUUUUUUAAUGCCUUCGGUGACUCCCUUUCCAAAUUCUACUUGCGAGGAAUUUCGUACAUUCCUCGGUUACCCGACAUCAUUUUUUCUCGACAGGACACGCCGCACUCACGAAUGCUCGUUUAAACUUUUUCUCCAUGAGACUUUAGGCAUUUUAUUAUAUGACAAGGAUUGGAGGAAACGAUUGAAGUUGGAAGGAUCCUCGAGCUUUUCAAUGGUUCCAAAGGUUUGAACGAGCGUUUACAUUUAUUUAAAACGUUGUUGUCCUCUGGAGAAAAAUCUUCCUCCAGGACCCGUUCACGCACAUUUUCUUUCCCGGUGUACUCGGUCAUCAGCUCCCACUAAUUCUGCGCAUUUCGCUCGACUCUCCUGGUUCCUCUGAAUCACUGAAAAUUUUGGAAGUAUAUCACGACGAAAACGGUCGUGAAAUAAGAAUCCUUCGUCCCGAAGCUUCGAAGGAUUUAUAUUUAUGUCGAGUGUAUCAAUGUUCGAAAUAACAUGAAAAACAUAUUUUCCUCGCGACUGUAUGGCCUUGCGUUGUUCGAUCAUUCUGUGAUGUAUUUCGCGCACUUUUUGUCUGUUUUCAGAGUGUUCGUCGUACGAUCGCUCCUCUCAUAACUCUGUACUUUUUAUAUUAUUAUGUUUAUUGUAUCACUCGUGAGGGAGAUUUAAAAAAUGUGUAAUAAACCCGUAACAUCAA